AAUUAUUCUAUAUUUUGAUUAUGACAAAAAAGAAACUCUAUAUUUCGACAUUGGAAUUCGAUUUUUUGGCCCGAAAUUUGAUUGGAUUAUGAGUGGUGUAUAAUGUAUUGAUGUUAGAUAUCGGUGUGCCGGACCCGGGUUAUAUCUUAUCUGUUUCCAUUCCAAGCUGCACUCUCCAUUCUCAUUUCUCCACUCGUAAGUCAACGGCGCCUUCCCUCUCUUCCCCCCAGUCGCCUGUUUCGUUCCUUUCUUCAUUUCAACUAAUCCAUUUCAAGAAUUUGCAGAAGCAGCCGAUAUCGGACGCUCUCCUCUCUCUGUCUCGCUUCCGGAUUCUUUCCCCAGUUCCUAUGCUUGAGCGGCGUCCUGUAAGAUUCUAUCUUUCUUUCCCCUCCUCUGCUCUGUAAUUGUCGGAUUCUCGAUUCGUGCUCCGAUCCUUCGAAAUCUUCCUGCUUCGAUUUCGCCAGACCACCCAGUCCUAGAAUUUUUUUCAUUCCUCAUUUUCAUGCUUGAACUAUUUCAGUUUUUCGUUUAAGCCCUCAUUGUUUCUGACAAGUAUUAUUAACUAAAAAAAUAUAUAUAUAUAUAUCAAAUCAAACAUAGGAUCAGAGUAGUUUACAGUGUUGCCAUAUAGAUUAUUGACUCAGGAUGGACUGGCGUAAGUUCUAACUUUAUCAUUUGUAAUGAAGAAAUGGGUAGUGGAGCUUUGACAGCGGCUGCAUUGGUGCUUCCCCUUAUUCUCCUGCACAAGCUAUGGACGGGAAGUAGAAGUUCCGGCGCCUCGAACAGUAUUGACGAUGCCUCUCCAGAAAAGGAUUCCGGUUCGCUGCCCCUGCCAACAGGAGAAUACGAAGUGUUUCUGAGUUUCAGAGGUCCAGACACCCGUCAUCAAAUUACUGAUAUCCUCUACCGGUUUCUAGUGAACUUGAAAAUCCACACAUUCAAAGAUGACGACGAGCUUCGGAAAGGAGAAGGGAUCUGGCCAAGUCUCGUCAAGGCUAUUGAGCAAUCCAAGAUUUUUGUUCCCAUCUUGUCAAAGAAUUAUGCUAAUAGCAAAUGGUGUCUUAAAGAGCUUGCCGCUAUUGUUGAGCGGAAAGAGCAAGACAAGGGAUGCAUCAUGCUCCCCAUUUUUUACAUGGUGGAUCCGAAAGAUGUUCGACAUCAAACUGGGCCUUUCAAGAAGGCAUUCCAACAACACAAGAAGAAUUUCGAUGAAAAGACCAUACAGGUAUGGAAAGAUGCAAUGAGCAAGGUUGGAGGUGAGAAAGGAUGGCACAUCAAAAGCAAUAAUGAGCAAGGAGCUAUAGCAGAUCUUGUCACUGGCGAUGUAUGGUCACAUCUAAGCAAGAAGAACUAUAUAAUAGAGACAGAUAAGUUGAUUGGUAUUGAUAGUCACACAGAAACAGUAAAAGAAAGAAUGACUCUAGACUCUGGAGGCGUGACAAUUGUUGGGAUUCACGGCAUUGGUGGUGUCGGUAAGACCACUAUUGCUAAGGCUGUAUAUGACAAAGUGUCUGGUCAAUUUGAUCGUUGUAGCUUUGUCGAAAAUAUAAGGGAAAUGCUACAACAAAAGGAUGGUGUUAUGAUUCUGCAGAAGCAUAUCAUCUCAGACAUUUUAAGAACACAAUAUGUCGAAUCCAUUGCCAAUGUUGGUGAAGGAAUCAGAAUUCUGAAAGAUAGAAUUUCUCGUUUUAAAUUUCUUAUUGUGCUCGAUGACGUGGAUGAGGAGUUUGAAUUCAACGAGAUAUUGGGAAAAACUGAGGAUAAUCUCUCGGGAAGUAGAUUUAUCAUUACUUCUAGAAACGUAAAAGUCUUGAGUACUCUGACUGAAGAAUCCAAGUUAUAUAGAGUUCGAGAGAUGAGUAAUCCUCACGCACUUCAACUCUUCUGCAAGUUCGCUUUCAGAAAGGACUCUCCUCCAUCAAGUUAUCAGACUUUGUCGAGAGAUAUUGUAUCAGUUGCAGCUGGACUUCCAUUGACACUCAAAUUGGUAGGCUCACUUUUAUAUGGAGAGGAGGAUCUUAUUUGGAAAGAAAAACUAAAGCAACUAAAAGAAAUUCCUGAGGAAAAGGUUGCAGAAAGGUUGAAAAUAAGCUAUGAUGCACUAAAUAAUGAGGCGAAAGAGAUUUUCUUGGAUAUUGCUUGUUUCUUCAUUGGAAUGGAGACCAAGAUUCCUUCUUACAUGUGGAGUGGUUGUAGUUUUUUCCCAAUAAUCAAUAUCAAUAUCCUCAUUCAAAGGUCGAUGAUUGAAAUUGGGGAUGAUAAUGAGUUCGAGAUGCAUGAUCAACUCAGGGAUAUGGGUAGAGAGAUCGUAAGGAAAGAAAAUAUGAAGCAUCCAUGGCAGAGAAGUAGAAUAUGGUCGAAGCAGAUAGCUUUAGACAUGUUACGUAACAGAAAGGGAACAAACCGGGUCGAGGGCACUAGAUUAAAUGGUGUUGUGGAGGAGCUUGAGAAGGAAUGCUUUAUGAAUUUAUCAGAAUUAAGAUAUCUUGAUGUAAAUGUGAAGAGGCUCACUGGCGAUUUUAGCAAUUAUCUUCCAAAUUUAAGAUGGCUUCAAUUGAAGAUUGGAACUGGUGAGGUUCUGCCUAAGUUUUGUAUGAAAACCUUGGUGAUUCUUCAACUCUUAAGCCCAGUAAUCGAUGAUUGGGGAGGGUUGACGCAUAUCAAGAUGGCACACAAGCUGAAAGUUCUGAAAGUUUUUGGUCAUUAUGGCCUGACCCGCAUUCCUGAGUUCCCUGAAUCCCAGAGCCUAGAGAUUUUACAUCUUCUUCAUUUCGGCAGUUUAUUGUUUCCGAAGGACCUGGAUAUUGGGAAUUUGAGGAGCCUAAAAGAGUUACGCCUACGGAGUUGUAAGGUGAGGGAGAUUAGGGGCGGAACCAUUGGGAUGUUGAAAGGACUUUCUGAGCUUGAACUAAAAAAUGUUUAUUGUGAAAAGAAUCCAAGAGAAGUGCUUGCUGAUAUUGGGAAGUUGCAGUUUCUUGAUGUCUUGAGAGUAGACGUGAAAUAUACUCUGGGACGAUUUGUAUUGCGUAGAGAGAAUUUGCUGUUGGGGUCUAAGCUUCCCACAAGUUUGAAGGUGCUACUGACUUCCUCUCCGGUUGCUAAUCUUCCAGAGCUGAGAGAAUUGGAGGAACUGACAGUUGAAGAUUGUGGUAGGUAUGGGCUUGAAAUCCCGCCAGCAGACACUGAUAGCAAUACGUGGUGGAAGUUAUCCAAAUUGAAGUCUCUCAGGCUAACGAGAACAAAGUUGACUCUCCCAACUAAGUUGUUGCUUCCAUCAUCGCUAACCACCCUCCACAUCUUGGAGUGUCGGGAAUUGGAGUGGCUCCCAAGACUAGAGAACCUGGAGAACUUGACUCUAUUAGUAAUCUCCUUCUGUCCCCUGAUUAAAGAGAUCCCGGGUCUUGACAGUCUCCAUUCUUUGACUAAGUUGAGCGUUUCGGAAUGCGAGGCAUUGGAAAGACUACCCAGCCUUGCGUCUUUGAGCAAGUUACGUGAGUUAAUUGCAUGCUCUUGCCCUCUUGUUGCAGAAAUCCAAGGGCUUGGAGGACUGAAAAUGUUGCAGCUUCUCAGGAUUGAUAGUGCACAGAGUUUAACUCGUCUCCUUGGCUUUGGAGCUCUCUUGUCCUUUAACAAGUUAGAAACUUUAACCAUAACCAACUGCCCUCUUCUCACAUCACUGUCAUUCCCCGACCUUGAUGGUGGUGGUGAUGGUGGCUGUAGCAACUGCCAGUUACCAGCUGUACUCUACUCUUUACGAUAUCUGUCCAUCAGUGGGACCUCAUCAUUUGUGCAGAUAUUGUGCCGGAUGCUUCAGCUGUCACAGCUCCCUAGCCUUCUGACAUUGAGACUUAUGAUGAUGGGGGUUGAUAAUGUAGAUGUGGAAUUACCCUUGGAGUGGGUUGAGUCUAUGGAAGAGCUCGAUGAACUGAUUUUGGGUGGCUGGGCCUCAAUGUGGGAACUACCUUUUCUGUCAAAGCUCCGAAACUUGAAGAGGUUAACUAUCACUGAUGCUCCAAAUCUGCAGGAGAUUGAGGGACUUGCUGCGUUGAAAUCUCUUGAGCGCCUAAAGCUCAGUGGCUGCACAUCCUUGCAAAGAUUGCCAGCAGGCGACUUAUCUGGUUUGAAGCAACUGGAAAGCAUAGACAUCAGUGGCUGCGGAAACUUGAUUGAUCGAUCUACUCCGAGAAAACAAAACGUCAACAUACUCAGACGCUGGAAGGCUGCUGCGAUGAUGAUUGACCCUGACUUGCUGUGGGACAGGCUAUCCCCGUCACAUCUCUGAAAUGCAAAGACUCCAAUAUCUCGUUGCAUUGCCAUUGUUUCCAUUGAGCAAAUGCUGAGGUGGAGCAAUUGUGGAGAUCUAAAAUCUUAAAAAUGGUUGGUCCUCUCUCAUUCCCCACCAAAGUUCGUUCUUGUUCUUUCUUGUGGAUGUGCUGUAUUGGUCAGAUAAUGUAGGCAAGGAGGAAAUGGUGACUGAGUUUGCUUUUCACUUUUUUUGUUACACUGCCUGUUUUCCUUGCAGAAGUGGCAGGCUUUACAUUACAGCCGCCUGCAGAUUGUUGGUUAUGUCAGGAUGUCUUCCUUCCUUCAGGCUCCUGUGUUCCAGUAUCGUGCCUUUUCUUCUCGCACUCUGUCUGCAGAGCUGUUGUGGUUACGAAACCAUCGUAAGCUUACCCAGAUGAGGUUAAAUGUUGCUAUCCUGGGUUGUUUCUUGUCCCUUGCUGUAAUUUAUGUACAGUUCUCUGAUGCAAGUCUUUCCUGCAAGAUUACUCUGAGGUACUACUGGUGACUUUGCUUGUCCUCUCUCUGUACAGGUCAAGUUCUCCGUCCCUGUCCAAAGCUAGUGACACGUAAUCUUUUAACAUGUGCAGUUCAUGGAAGAAGCCUUUAAUUCAGGCGAGAACGCAUCCCUUGUCAUUUGCUCAAUGGAAACAGGUUAUGAAGCCGCCAUAUAUAACCAAGUCUCCAGGUUCGGAUGAGGUGCAGUCAAUCACAUUAUGUCGUCCGAUAGAUCGACCUGUAUGCCGGAAAAUCAUGAAAUUUCUAAGGCAAGAUUCACUAUCGCAAAAAAUAUGUCCAACCUUUUUCAAUGUGCCCUUACUCAUGAACUCGUCGAUCAGUUCCCCAUGAUGACGGUUCCUUGAUCCUUGUAACCAUGUACUAGGUGCUGUUAUGCAGUGCAGUACGGUUAAGCAAGAAAGCUCAAUGAUACAAAUAUGGGCAACAACUAAUCUAGAACAAAUUACUGAUUCCAGU